GGACCCCGCCCCGUCCUGCUGCUUUGCUCCUCCGCUGUGCGUACGGGGGACGUCGGGGGCGGUGCCGCAAAAGUUGCCCCUGGUAACGGGGGAGGCAAGAGGAGGAGGAGGGACUCGGCGGGAGGAUGGGCUUACUCUCAAUUUUGCGCAAAUUGAAAAGUGCGCCAGACCAGGAGGUGAGAAUCCUUCUCCUGGGCUUGGAUAAUGCUGGAAAGACCACUCUUCUGAAGCAGCUGGCAUCUGAAGACAUCAGCCACAUCACACCUACACAGGGUUUUAACAUCAAAAGUGUACAAUCACAAGGUUUUAAACUGAAUGUAUGGGACAUUGGUGGACAGAGGAAAAUCAGACCAUACUGGAGGAAUUAUUUUGAAAACACUGAUAUUCUCAUAUAUGUAAUUGACAGCGCAGACAGAAAAAGAUUUGAAGAGACGGGUCAGGUAAAAAAUUGUUCUGUUGAGAUAUUUCCCAAAUAAUUGGGUAUUCAUUAA